UAUUGGAAAUUCCAAUUUUGUCACACACUUAUUAUUAAGUUUUUUCGAAAGUUGGACACUAAAAAUCAAUACAGAGUUCAAAUCUGAUAACCAUAUCUCAGACAUAGGUAUAGAACAUGAAGAUCGAUUUAUUAUCGCAGUCUGCUCUGUAGUAUCACUAAGGACACAGACAAACCGUUGGUCAAACUCCAAAAUGUGGAGUUUUUUCCGUAGUUUCAUUAUGGACCCUCAGGCCACACCCGACGAUGUGAACCUCCUCCUGUUAGGCGAAACAGGAGUCGGAAAGUCGACUUUGAUAAACUCCAUUUCGAACUACUUCAUCCAUUCCAAUUUCGCAAAAGCCCAGAAAGGGAAGGUCGAGCUUUUAAUCCCCGUAUGUUUAAAUGUAUCGGAACAGACCAAAGUUUAUGGCAAACCAGACGGCAACGAAGUCCACGAACCUGGCCAAUCCGUCACCCAGAACGUCAAAGUGUAUCUUUUCCCUAUUAAACUCGACCACAAAACUAUCAACCUGAGAUUGAUCGAUACGCCGGGAGUCGGAGAUCCCAGAGGAAUAGAACAGGAUAAUAUCAAUCUGGACAACGUUCUUGCGUACUUGGCUACGCUGAAAGAACUCCACGGGAUUUGUUUCGUUUUGAAGGCGAACCAGACGAGAUUUACCAAGUUCGCGGAGUACUGUCUUAAGCAGAUAUUGACACGACUGGAUAAGAGUGCCAGUCAGAACAUCAUUUUUAUUACUACUUAUAGUAAGACGUCUAGUUACACAGCUGGAGAGACCAAGAGUCACUGUUUGGCGCCGCUGGUUAGAAGUAUACGAUCAAGACCUCCACAUGUGAGUAUUCCUUUAAGCGAUAAGAACAUCUUUGCUGUGGACAACGAAGCAUUCAAGGCCCUAUUGGAGAUCCAAGAGGGGACUAAUUACCACCGACACGCAAUGAAAGGGUUCGAGCAAAGCUGGAUAAAGUCCGCAAAGGAAAUUCAACGAUUGUUGAAGUACAUAAUUGGAGAUUCUAAACAUUCAGCUUUGAAACCCCACGACGUUGAAAACACCGUCAGCAUUAACGAAGUGAGGUUUCUCAUCGAACAGCUCACCACUCCUAUCGCUGAAGUGUCAGAACUGAUACAAGACAACAUCAGGGUACUCGACAAGCAUCAAAAAAGUCUGCAACAAGAGGAUCAAACUCUUGAUCAACUGAAAGAUCAACUGUACAUACCUUGCGUAGAUCUUGAAGUGAAAGAACUAAACCAACCUGUAACCGUUUGCACAGAACCCAAAUGUACAGAAAUCGUCAAGGUCAAUAACGUUACGCUGCGUCUCUAUAAACAACAAUGCCAUAAACCCUGUUACCUGAAAGGAGUCCCUAAAGAGAUGGUCGGCGAUCCGCAACUCGAGGAUUGCGGUGUUAUGACAGACGGAAACUGCAUGUAUUGUCACUGCUCCUGGAAAAAGCACUUGCACAUUUACAAAGAAACGCAGAAAGUCGAAGUUAAGAAAGAAGACCAAAACGUGAAAAACACCAUCAAGAGCAAAGAAGAUGCUCGCGUUCAUAUAGAGAAAACUCUGAACAACGUAAACCAACGGAGGACAGAACUAGAAGCCGAAGGGUCAACCAUUUCGAAAACCAUCGCCAAGUUUGCGUACUUCCUGCAAGAACAUGCACUGACUCCGUUCAAUGACCUGUACAGCGCCUUCAUUAAGCAACGUAUCACGGAUGAAAAGCAUCUAGGAAAGUUCGCUGAUCAGCAAGUCAUCACAAAACUCGAGUCAAUGCUCAAAGAUCAUGAACAGCUUCAAAAAACCCUACAAGAAAACCCAAAAGGGUUACAAACUGGGGGCAGCGAUUUGACGCUUGAAGGAAUCAAGAACAGUGUCACGGAGCUCUACAAUUUGAAACACAUGGGGAAGAAGAUACAAGAACUGAUAAAUAAAUCGAGCAAUAGUAGACGCAAAGAACACCAGGAAAAUUUCAGCUGCCUCGUUUCGCAAGAAAUCGACUUGAACAAGAACAUCGCCGAAGAACAGUACGAAAGCAUGGAAUAUAGCGAAAGCUACUAUGAUGUAAGUGGCAUGCAACAAGGCUGGAACAAGUCGUCUGAAAACGAAUAUGGUCCAGAAGCAACCGGGGACAAUCACUACGAUGAUUACACUUCUUACGGAUCUGUCUAUACAGAUCGAGCUACCGAAGAAAAGUUGCAGACUUCUAGAUUUGAUCAUGCAUCUAAUGCUAGACAACAUCCAAGACGAACGCCUGAGAGAUCAUCUCCUUAUCCGCGGAAACGUGAUGACUACUCACGAGAAGACAUCUACGAAGAUACUUCCAGGGGGCACGGACCUAGAAACCAACAUUCUAGGGAUUCAGACGACCGUAGAAGAGAAUCAAUGGCACAACAUAACACCAGAGCACAUCAACGCUAUAAAGGAAGAUAUGAAACGUCCCCAUCUAGACGUGAAAACCUCUAUUCUUCUGGUCGAUCAAAAAGUCCAGAAGACUACUAUGACCCAGAAGCUGAAAAAUCAUCACAUAGAGGACACCGUAGCAAUAAAUAUUCAUCUAGACAUGACCACCGCGGUCAUAGCAGAAGCCACGAGUCCGAUUCUCAACGAUCGUCCAGAAGGGAUCACACUGCCAAACAUAGACAUGGAUCUAGUGAAAGUUCAUAUUCAGACGGUAGUCACUCUGCCGAAUCAUAUGGCAGCAGACACAGUGUCAAACAAUCUAAGAAUCAAAGAGGAUCUAAAUCUAAACACUAUGACUCAGAUAAUGAUCAUUCUAAAAAGACGAACCGUUCCAAAAAUACGUCUUCACGGAGAUCAAAAGAUAGAGAAGUGUACGACAAAACAAGAGCUGAAACAAAGUCAAAACACAAAACACAUGAUAAAGUGAAAGAGUCGUCUAGACGUCACCGCCAUAGAAGCGACAGUCAUGAUCCAGAUGAGCCGAUUUAUGCUACGAAAAGUAAACAUUCCAAACACGAAGAUAAAUCAUAUAGUGAAAAUUCCGAUUCAGAUGGGAACUAUUCGAGCAGAAACACUGAUAAACAAUCUAAGAACCAAAGAGAUACUAAAUCUAAGAAGAACUAUGAUUCAGAUGGCAAUCGUUCCACCAAGCCUUCCAAAACUAAACACAGUGCGUCGAAAUCUAGCCACGAAAGUCGAGAUAAAUCAGCUGCAAAAUCCAAAAGCGGACAUAAGAAACAGACAGAGUCUAGAAGACAAUCAAGUCCUGUUGAUAUUAAAUCUUCCAAAGAAAAAGCUUCUAAAAUCCAGAAGAAGCCUAAAUCUGAAGACGAAGAAUCUUCCGGAAGUAGCUCGCAAGACAGUUCCCAUUCUUCUGAUCAUCGUCCUGACAAGUCUUCCAAAAGCAGACGCCAAGAGACUCGCGAUCCGGAUGACAAAUCUUCUGAAAGGUCGUCCAGAAGUGGACAUAAAAAACACACGGAGUCUAAAAAAGGAAGAAAAUCUAGUCCGGUUGGUCAACGUUACGAAUCCGACGAUCAACAGCAUAAUAAAUCUUCCAGAAAAAAACAUCGUAGCAAAGAAAGAGAGUCUAAACGCUCGAAGCAGCCUAAAUCUGAAAACGAAAACUCUGAUUCGGAAGCCAAGUCGUCCAAAAAUGGAGGCAAAGUACCGAAAUCUGGCCAAGAAACUCGCAAUCGGAGUGAUAAAUCGAAAAAUUCUACUGGAAGUGGACAUAAAAAGAGCGCAGAAUCUAAAACUGCUAAGCCUUUCAUGAAAGAAGAGUCUAAACGCCGUCAGAAACAUAAAUCUGAGGACGAAAAUUCUGAUUCGGAUGGAAAAGAACCAAUCAAUGUUUCAUCGCAAAAGCACGAACAAUCUUCUCAGCCAUCUAGUGAUCGUUCUAACAAGUCAUCAAAAACUAAAAGUCAAGGAAAAUCUCGUUCUGUUAAUAAACGUGACGAAUCGGAUGAUCCACAUUCUGCUAAAUCUCCCAGAAAAAAACAUAAUACUAAAGCGACAGAGUCUAAAAGCUGUGAGAACCCUAAACCUGCUGACGAGAAUUAUGAUUCAGGCGAUAAAUUUCCGCCUAGAGUUUCUAGCGACAGUAGUUCCAAAAACCAAAAAAAAACGAAAUCUAAGCCACCCCAGGACGUUAAAGACCACGAAGGAUCUUCCGGGAGAAACUCCAGAGCUAGCUCUCGUUCAUCUGGGACGCAUACAAUUAACAAAAACGAUUCAGAAAACAGUUCAAGUGAUCAAGAAAAGGAAGAGUGAUUUUUAAGCUGCUGCUAUUGUUGAGAUAUUAAAUUAUGAUUAUAAACCUUUAACCUUCAA